CAAGCUUUUUCCGCCAUCUUAGAAGCAUCGGGGGAGGAUCGGUUUUCGUUUUGGAAAAUGCCGUAGAAAAAGUACUUUGUGGAGGAAUUUAAUCAAUAUUGCCCUUUGUGUGGCUUUGAAGAGGACUAUCAUCCAUAAUGUUUGAAAAGAAUCUUACGGAUCUUGUCCGUGGCAUCAGGAACAACAAAAGCAAUGAGGCUAAAUACAUUGCAACCUGUCUAGAUGAAAUAAAACAGGAGCUUAGACAGGAAAAUGCUGCUGUAAAGGCCAAUGCAGUCUCCAAACUCACUUAUCUUCAAAUGCUGGGCUAUGACAUCAGCUGGGCUGCAUUCAACAUCAUAGAAGUCAUGAGCUCUUCAAAGUUUACAUUCAAGAGAAUUGGUUAUCUGGCAGCAUCACAAUCAUUUCAUGAAGAUUUGGAUAUUCUCAUGUUGACAACAAAUAUGAUUAGAAAGGACCUGUGUAGCAUGAACAUGUAUGAUGCUGGUGUUUCAUUAUCAGGGUUUGCUUGCUUUGUUACUCCAGAUUUGGCAAGGGAUUUAGNUAAUGAUUUUGUUCUUCAGCUUGUCUCAACCAAACCUUACAUCAGAAAAAGAGCAGUGUUGCUUAUGUAUAAAAUAUUUCUUAAGUUCCCUGAGGCACUGAGACCAGCCUUCCCAAGACUGAAGGAAAAACUUGAAGAUGGAGAACCAGGUGUGCAGUCAGCGGCAGUGAAUGUGAUCUGUGAGCUGGCUCGUAAAAACCCAAAGAACUACUUAUCACUGGCACCACUGUUUUUCAAACUAAUGACAAGUUCUACAAACAACUGGAUGUUAAUCAAGAUAAUUAAGCUCGUAAGUGACAGCCAUGUUGACAUUUUAGUUGGUAAGUUACUUAGAGAUCAUGAAAUUUGGCCUUUCAAUAAUAAAUUAUCUGUAUUAUGUUUUCCUUCUUUCCUUUAGCUUUGUGUAAGCAAGUUACGGAUUUUGAUUGAAGAUUCUGAUCAAAAUUUGAAAUACCUUGGAUUGCUUGCCAUGUCAAAGAUCCUGGCUGUAAAUCCUAAAGCAGUGCAAGUGCACAAAGACAUAGUUAUUCAAUGUUUAGAUGAUAAGGAUGAAUCAAUUAGACUUAGAGCCUUAGACCUUAUUGUUGGAAUGGUUUCUAAAAAGAACAUUAUGGACAUCAUCAAGAAAUUAAUGGUUCACAUAGACAAGGCUGACAGUCAAACUUACUGUGAUGAGCUAGUAUCCAAGAUUAUACAGAUCUGCAGCAUGAAUGACUAUCACUAUGUUACGAACUUUGAAUGGUACAUUGAUGUGCUUAUACAAUUAACAAGAGUUGAAGGGACAAGGCUUGGCAAACCCUUGGCCUCACAAAUGAUGGACGUCACUAUCAGAGUCAAGGCAAUCCGUCCUUAUGCUGUGCAGUGCUUGUCUUUGUUACUUGAUAGCAGUGACUUGAUGUCUGGGCAAAUGGAGAAGAACAGAGUCUGUGAAGUUCUUUAUGCUGCAGCAUGGAUCUCUGGAGAGUUUUCAGAGCAUUUACCAGAUAUCCACAACACAUUAGAAGCAAUGCUGCAACCCAAAGUCACCUCACUUCCAGGCCACAUCCAGGCAGUUUAUGUCCAGAACAUUGCAAAAUUAUUUGCUAAAAUCCUUGCCAGUGAGCAGCAGGAGGAAGAGGAAGAGGAUGGUGAAAAGACAUCAAUUGGUGAGAAGCUGGUAGAGAAGUUACCUGUAUUUGUACAGAGUGCAGACCUAGAGGUGCAGGAAAGGGCAAGCUGUGUCUUACAACUUAUCAAGUAUGUCCUCAAGUUACAAGGAAAAGGAGUUGAUUGCACAGAAGAAGUAUCAUCCCUGUUUCAUGGAGAAUUAAAUCCAGUUGCUGCCAAAGCACAGAAGAAAGUACAGAUUCCUGAGGGACUUGACCUUGAUAAAUGGAUUAAUGAUCCACCUUCUGAAAGUUCGGAGGAGGAAGAGGAGAUGGAGACAAUAUUUGACACUCCAAAUGAACACAAAGACCUGAAGCAAAAGCAUGUGUCGGAUGAUGAGGAAGAAAUGAAAAGGAGACGUGAGCAGAGAAAACAAGAGCAGCUAAGUAAUCCACAUUAUUUGAAGAUGUCAGCCCGUGAAGGACACAAGGCAAAAAAGAAAGAUGUAACAGUAGAUGAUAUCCCAGUGGCUAACCUUGACUUACCUGUAUCACUAAAGGUGUCAGGAGGUGUGUCACUGGACAAAAAAUAUACAUCCAGAAAGAUGAAGAGAAGAAAGAAGAAAGGUCGUAAAGGAAGCAGAGCAGAUGAAGAAGAACCAGACCUUGAUAUCUCAUAUGAGGUUCUUCCAGCAGGAGCUGGUGAAUUGCCUGAGGGAGCUGAAGAGUCAGAUCAUGAUGAGAAAGAAAAAGAUGAACCAGUCGAUGCAACAGCUGAUCCACACAGACUGUUGAAUGUCGACCUCAGCAAACCUCUGGAGGCACAUGAAACUCUUCCUGUUCGUCAACACCGCGUUGUAACAGAAUCACAGCUAAAACAUAAUGAGGAAAACACUGAGGAUAUCACGCCAAAAAAGCACAGCAAGGAUAAAAAGCACAGACAUAGAAAGGACAGUGAAGGCAAAAAGAGUAAACACAAGCAUAAAAAGGAUGGAACUGACAAGGAGAAGAAAUCAAAACACAAGCAUCACCACCACAAGGAGGAAGUUGCAGAGCCUGUUGAGGAUAAUCUCAUGUUCAAUGGAGAGGUAGACCAUCCUGAAACACCACCAAGAGAAGAUGAGAAAGAGGAUAGUGAACAAAAGACUCCUUCAAAGGUGAUAACAGUACAGGAAGACUAUAAACCAGCUGCAGAUGAACCAAGUGACCCACAGGAUGAUAUGGAUUUCUGGCUGUCUCCUACACCACAAAAGAAAUCAUCACCUAAGUCUGCUGAAGAGCCAAGUGCACCUUCACCCGACAGUUUAGCGGCAGAAAAACCAGCAACAGAAGAAACACUUGCCAAACAAUCUGAGAAAACUGAAUCUAAAGAAUCCAAACGCAAACACCGCAAAGAUAAAUCAGACAAAAAAGAAAAACAUGAAAAAGAAAGGAAAAAGGAGAAGAGAAAAAGCAAGAGUACUGAGAAGUCUGAGCCAGUGGAGAUAUCAGCAGCUGAACAGGAAAAACCGGAUGAGCCAUCAAUCAUGGAGUUAAAGGAAGAGGCGAAACAGCCGAUCAUCACAACGUACAAAGUUCUGUCAGAAAGCAGUUCUGUUAGACUGAUGUACGAGACAAGAGUGACUUCUCAACAUAGAAAUCAAGUGGUAGUUUCCAUUAUUUUCAGGUCAGUACUGUUUUAUUUAUCAAUUUUAACAGCGUAUGAACUCGUGUUUGAUAUUCUGACAGGAUCUUCAAAUGAAGGGCAGUUUGCUUUCAAUGUGGAGAGUAUAGUCAUGGCUCAGAAGCUACGAGGCACAUUAACUUAUGUCAUCAAGGAUGACGAAGGCUCAACGAGUGAAAAGAUGGAUUUUUCUGUCUUUUUACCGUGUUCUUCGUUUCUGAUUGCCACUCCAUUGUCGAGCACGGACUUCGCUAAUCUUCUAGGAAGUGGAACGUUAGCUAACAAGAGUUCAGUAAAGGUCACAACUCCAGAAACAACAGGGUUUAGAUCAAUUAUCACCAGGAUUUGUGUCCUGUUACAUUUUGCAGUCGUAGAACAAGUCGAUAACAGUGCGUCCUUAUACGCCAGUUCAAUUCAAGGACAUCAUCUCUGUGUGCUUGUAAAACAGCUACCGGAUCACUCGGUGUCUGUAGAUGGUAAAAGUACAGACUUCUCUCUUGUAUCGAGUGUGCUUGAAGAAAUGAAAUCACUUCUACUAACGCCGCCAUGACACUGAAGACCAUCUAUAAAUCGACAAGUUGGAAUGAAAAUCGAAAUCAGAGUGAAUCACCAGGCCGUUCACGGUACAGAAAGCCCGAGUAUAAGGAAGAAGGCGACUGGGCUACAGAAGAGAUUAACAUUUUAACUGUGAUAUCAGGGGACAAAAUAAUUAACUAAUUUCAAUGUGAAUUUUUAACAAUUGUCAGGGAGAGUUUGUACUUACACAUAGAUAUCUGAAACAAUAGACCCGUGCCAAGAGGGUCAUUGCGUUCUUUACAGGGCAAUAGUUGCGUGCAAGAUAAAAAAAAAUUAAAUGCUGUGCGCAUUCCGA